AAAGAUUAUGGGUGUUAAACACUGAAAAAGAAGGGAGCUAGUUAAAUUUGAUCUGCGAUCGAUCGUCGAUGGAAUAUUAAUUACUGGUGUCUUUCUCGGUAGCAAUGACCCAUUUACGAUAACUGUGAAAAUACGUUCGCCAAUGUGGAAAUGAAUCAAAAUCGCGUCAUGUAUGGCGACUCACGGAAACUAUACGAUAGACACACGCAGUUUGCCCCGCACGGGCUCUGCAUUCUGUCGGACUAAUGAUCAAUGGCUUUAUUUGAGAAGCGAUAUACAAAUAAAGUGCUACUAGAUGAUACAGAGAAGUUGACGAGCGUCAUUGAAAAUGCAAGAACAAUCGACGGACACACGGAAUAUGUGAUUAGAACACAAAGAGGUCCACUUCCAGAGAAAUCUUGGAGAGUUAGUAGACGCUACAAUGACUUUGUACAACUUAAUGCAACUUUAUCAAUAUCAGGCAUUGACCUGGCACUUCCUCCAAAGAAAAUUAUUGGUAAUAUGGAACCAGACUUCAUAGCUCAACGUCAACUAGCCCUACAGAAUUACCUAAACAAUAUACUAAUGAAUCCUAUAUUGGCAUCGUCACUCCCUAUGAAAAAAUUCUUAGAUCCAGAUAAUUACACAGCACCAUUACAUGAAAUAGCUCUGCAACAGGUGUCACUAGCUUUACGCAGUGAUGCAAAUUUUGAAGUUUGUAAGGCCAUUCCUGAUAUGGGGUGGCGGUUGAGGAAGCAUUAUUAUACUGUAAAAAAUCGUCAAAAUCCCAAGCAAGAGUUACUGCUUGCAUGGGUAGAAUUUGGUCCAGACAAACACCUGCAAGAUAAAGAUAUGCAAGGAGUUUUCAAAAGUUUAGGGACGUUGAAACAUAAUUAUAUAGAACCAAUCGUUUAUCAACAUGUAACGGAAAAUGGAGCGUUAAUGAUAAGAAAUUUUUAUCCAACGGGUACAUUACGUGACAUUUUGUGUGUAACUAAACCGAAACAACCAUUUAUAAAGAAAUAUGGAAACCCAAAACAAACCAAAUCGUUAACAGUGCCUGAAAUUGCUAUGUAUGGUUACCAGAUUUUGGAAGCUUUAGGAUUUCUUCACGAAAAGGGCCUACCAUAUGGACAUUUACAUACAGGAAAUAUUCUUUUGUCUCAGAGAUGUGCGAAAUUGCUGGAUGUAGAAAAUGGUCUGUUAGGCUUACCCGCAUUUUAUCGGCCUUAUGUUGUGCAAAGGCGUAAACUUCACGCUACGACUCAAGUAGAUGUUUAUUCAUUUGGACAUGUAUUAUAUGAAAUGGCAUUUGGACGACCACUGUUAGAAGCAACGUGUUCUGAGUUACCUUAUUGUGAAGCAACCUUAAAAAGUUUGCUGGAAGUGAUACUCGCACCCGAAGCUCUAAAACAAGAUUUACCAACGGUAUCGCAUUUAUUAGAACAUCCAUUCUUUGAGUCAGCAAGACAUGCUGUAUUAGCUGUUGGCUCCAUGGAACGACCACACUUCAAAUUAAGUAGUCAUUUGAAGGAGGCUCUGCAGCAAGCAGUGAACAAAGCAGAACAAAGAUUAAAAGACGAGCAGAAAGUAGCAAGACAUCAAAAGAGACUUGUCAAAGUUCAGGAAAUGAUGAGCUCGGAAGAAGAGAUGAAAAAGCGAAAACAAAAACUAAAGAAAGAACAGAAAUUGGCCCAAGAACAACGUUCUGCAAAUCAGUUAAGUGCGAAUGGGAUGAAACACGUAAACGGCAAAAGCCCAGAGCGCUCGGAUAGUCCUACAAGUACUUCUACAGCAACCAGCGUUGGAACUUUAACACCGCCAUCGCUGCGUUCUAUAGAUGUGCCGCAAAGUGAUGGAGUUCCUGCUAAGAGUACUGUACCACCACCUCCGAAGCCACCACCUGUUGAUACAAGUAAUGUUUCAAAGUUGACCAAUGAACGAGCUGCUCUGCUAGGAAGUAUUUGUAAUUUCAAUAAAACUAGUCUUCGUAAAGUUGCCAAUGAAUAUCAUUGAGGUGAUAGAGUUAGAUAAUUGAAAGAAGAUAGUGCUGAGUGAUCAUAUUGAUUCAGAAAUAAAGAAGAAAUUGUAUGACAGUAAUCUAUACCAAAAGGAUGCUAUUUUUUUCAUCAAAUUGCGAAGAUAUUUAUAAUUUUAUUUCGAUCGCGAUACUUGUGAGAUCUAUAUACGUACAUAUAUAUAUUUCAAUUCUGUAGAAUCUUAAUAUGUAUAUUUCAUAGGAAUAGAUAGUUGUAAAUCGUAUAUUUACAAGUAAUCAUGUAUAAAAUAAUUCUAUUCAUGUAUUUUAGCAGCAUGAAUUAUUGCUAGAAUUGUGCAAUAUUUAAAUAUUAUUUGUUCUUACUUUUUAUUCUUUAAACACCGUCCAAAAAUGGAUUCGAAAUUGUAAAAGAUUAAUUAAAAUAAGAAAUAUCCUUUAAAAAAGAAUGUUUCUUUAUGUGUUAUAUUUUUAUCUAUGAAUGAAAAUUUAUUUUCCCUUUAAUUAUAUUUAAAACUAUUAACGAAAAAGUUAUUGAUAUUAUUCAUAAAAUAAUCUAUAUUUUAACUAGAAAUGAAGGAUAUUUGCUUCGAUCUAAGUCUCGCGAUCGAAUCACAUCUAAUAUCUUACUUGUUCGACUCUAAGGAAAUUAAAACGAUGAUUGAUAAGACGAGAGUGAUAGUAUCUACAUGUAUCACAUAAACUUUAUCUCGUUAGUGUUAUAUACCGUUCUGUCUAUUUCAAGUUUAUGAUAUGUGUAACGUAAUUAAUGUACAGAUACCAUUCGUCUUGUAAAAGUGAGUAUUGUGUGUUGCUUUACUUGUGUCGCUCGUAGAAUCGAAAUCACGUUUGUUUCUACGGAGAGAGAAAAUGUGCCAAGACCCGAUCUUUCCAUUGAACAAAUAGUAAUGUCGUAAUGGUGAAUGUCGGCGUAAUAUAUAUUUCUAUAUGUCGCGGAAAAAUAAGUAUAUAUAUACAAGAUCUAUCUGUGAAUAUCAUAACGAAGCGAUGUAAUAUAGGUAGUCACAAUUUUUCAUAUGUAAUAUCAAUCUUAAAUGUAAUUUGUUGAAUUAUCUUAAAUGUAUAUGUUGAAUUAUAAAUACUAUUCUUCAUAGAGUAAUAUAAAUAUUCGUUUUAUCUAUAACUAUAAAAAAUAAAUCGAAACAGAUACUAUAUUUAUUAAAGAAGAUAAUGUAAGUUAUAUAAUUUGGAGAUUUUCAGACGUACUAAUAAAUAUAUUAGUAAAUCGAAUUAUCAUUUGUUUGCGAGGAAUAUUUACUUAAUAACUAUCGUGUAAUAGUUGUCAUGAUAUUCUACAUAAUUCUUCUUAAACAAUAUGGUCUAGUACGAAAAGUAAUUUAUUAAAACGAAACAAUGGCGUAAAAAAUUAUCACACUACAUUUUGAAUAAUACUUGCAUUUAAUAUAAUAGAUCGCAGAAAAUAGUUUUCCUCUGGAAGAUAUUUUACUACUUACAGUGAAAAUUUAAUAAAUACAAAAUAUGCAUAUCUCCGCAGUACUUUUAUCAUUCGAAGUGUCUUUAAUAUAAAUACUGUAAAUUCUUACAAUAUCAAAAAUAUACGUGUGUACAUAUAGCUAUCUAAAUAUACGAUAGAUCGUAAGGAUUGCAAUUUCAUUUUGUUUGUGUUCAAGGGUUAAGCGUUUCAAAGUUCAACAAAUUCAACAAAAGUUGGGUUUAGAAUCAAAUCUGUCUUAAUCUCUGUUGUUUCGUCAAAAUCAUUUUUCUUUUUCUAUUUUAUCAAUAUAAUUAUAUUCAAAUUAUGUGGAAUUAUACAAAAGUUUCCUGAUAUAUGCAAAAUAAGUUCGGUGAACCAUACAAAGAUUGUGUCACGCUUAUGUUAUCGUAUCAUAAAUUAUGAGGCUCAGUGAUAUUAAAAAAGUUGUCGCAUGAAGGGAAAACCGAUAACAUGUAGUACAGUGACACAGUUUCAAUGUUAUGUUUCACAAGCUUUCGUAAUUUGCGAUUAUGUUAGUUUUUUCUAUAAACAGCGGCUGCGAGUUUUUACGUAAUAUAUUACGACAAUUGCUUCCUACCGUGUACGUACGUACAUAUAUACAUUGUUAUGCAUGCGAUGAUGUAACCGCGAAACGUAUAUGGCAUUCUUAAGUCAACACGACUCGUAUUUAAAUUAAAAUCUCUCGAAAGGUAUAAA